AUGGAUUUAGUCGUUACCAAUAAUGGCACUGACAAUAUAGCUCUACUUGUCGGGCAUGGCAACGGUACUUUUGCAAGCCCAAAACUGUAUUCAACUGAAUCUUCUUCAUCAAUCUCCAUUGCUAUAGGUGAUUUAAACAGCGACAAUCGUUCAGACAUUGCCUUCAUCAACAAUGAUACGAGCACCAUAGGCAUCAUGCUUGGCUAUGAUGAAUUUUUUCCUAUUCAAACAACAUAUGCAACUGGCGCUUUACCGUACUCAGUAGCUGUUGGUGAUUUUAACCAUGACACCCGAUUAGAUAUUGUAGUUGCUAAUAGGAAGAGCAACACUGUAGGUGUACUUUUGGGAUAUGGAAAUGGUUCUUUUGCUGAUCAGAUGACAUAUUCAACUGACUCUGGGCCAUUCUCUGUAGCUGUUGGUGACUUUAACAACGACAACCAUCUGGAUAUCGUCGUCGCUAAUUUAUAUGGCAAUACUGUAAGCAUCCUUCUCGGAUAUGGCGAUGGCUUCUUUGCAAAUCAGACGACAUUUUCAACUGGCUCUCACUCAUCCUCUGUAGCUGUUGGUAAUUUUAACAGCGACACCCAUCUGGAUAUCGUCGUCGCUAAUUCUCGUGACAAUACUGUCAGUGUAGUUCUCGGAUAUGGCGAUGGCUUCUUUGCAAAUCAGACGACAUUUUCAACUGGCUCUCAGUCAGCCUCUGUAGCUGUUGGUGACUUUAACAACGAUACCCAACUGGAUAUCGUCGUUGCUAAUUUUGGUGGCAACACUAUAAGUGUACUUCUAAGAUAUAGCAAUGGCUCUUUUGCAAAUCAAACGACAUAUUCAACUGGCUCUGCCCCACGAGCUGUAGUUGUUGGCGAUUUUAAUAAUGACCGCCAACUAGAUAUCGUCGUUGUUAAUCAGAAAGACAACACUGUAAGUGUCCUUCUUGGAUAUGGAGAUGGCUCUUUUGCAAAUCAAACGACAUAUUCAACUGACUCUGCCCCGUCGUCUGUAGCUGUUGGUGAUUUUAACAACGAUAUCCAACUGGAUAUCGUCGUUGCUAAUGUUGGUGGCAACACUAUAAGUGUUCUUCUCGGAUAUGGAAAUGGCUCUUUUGAAAAUCAAACGACAUAUUCAACUGGCUCUGGCCCACAAGCUGUUGCU